AUGGCGAACAAUCCUGAUCCUCGCGUUGUCAAUAUUGGAGGUAUCGAAACGUAUGAAAGUAUAGAUGACGAUGAUGCAAACCUUUACGAUGGCCUCCUCGACAACCAGACGAAGAACGCAUUUCUCGCGAUGAUGCGGCAUCUUAUCAGAAAGAGAGGCAGAGAAUUUCCCCGAGGCAGCCGCGGAAGGAAGGUUGUGAAUCAAUGGAGAGUCAAGCAAAACUAUUGGAGAAAGAAGGUAUACACUGGCCAACCUGCGGCGACGGCAGUCAGGCGACUCUCGAUUCCACCAUCUAUUGCUCCACCAAUGGCCUUGCAAGCUCCAGUGGCUUCAGUAGAUCACGCAGAGGUAGCGCAACAACAAUCGCAAGAGUCGGGUGCAACUGGAGACGCAACGGAAGGAGAUGGUGUAGACACGCCUACAGCUAUAUCAGAAGCUUCAACUGGAGAGCGCUCGCCUCCAUUCUAUAUUCGAAACAAUCCCAAACGAAAGCGAUUCUUAGCUCCUACGGUGGGGCAGCGACGUGAAUUCUACAAUCAUCAGAACGGCAAUUGGAAGUUUGCGAUGACUCUCUAUCAGACUAGACUUGACGGAAGCGGGGCGGAUAAGCGGCGGUUUGAGAAGGGGACGAUGCCUCGCAAGUCAGUUUUCCUUUAUGUUCGGACGAGUGAUGCUGGGGUAAUCGAAGAUCAAAUCACAGUCAAAUGUCUAGAGGCACUGGAUGCGAAAGAGUUCAACGACGCGAAGCACGAGAUUCGGAUGAACCAGCGUAUCAGCGAACUCAAUUGUUCGCAUAUGAUACCACAACGCGGUAGCACCAGAAGAUCUUGCACUAGGAAAAUUCAUGAUCGCAGCGACGAAGAACCGGCGCCGACUGUCUUCAAUAUAUGCUCAUCUUUUGCCGAACUUGGAACUCUUGCCCGCGUCUACAACGGGCAUAAACACACUACUCCCAAGAAACCUGUACCCGAGCAUUUCAUCUGGUAUCUACUCAGUCAGGUGUCCAAGGCGCUGAUGGCGUUGCAACAGGGUGUUUGCUCAACACCGAAUCUCGAGGGGCAGGAUCAGAAUCAUAAGUCACCUAUCGCAUCUGGAGAAGACCUAGAUUUAGAUGCCACCUCGGUGGCGUGGCGACCAAUCAUUCAUUCCGAUAUCAAAGAUGCCAAUAUAUUCCUGCGAUCUGAUAACACUCAAUACCCCGCCUAUCCAAGAGUCGUUUUAUCUGAUUUUGACAUCGCUUUUGAACAAGACGACGAACGUGAGAUGGACAAAAGGAAGGUCCAAGGCACGCCAGGAUUGAUGCCUCCAGAACGAGACGGUGCUGGAUUGUACGAACAUGAUGGUUGGACACCAGACGAUUGGCCUGUCUCGGAGAAGUCAGACAUUUGGAGUCUAGCUAUGACCGCGUGGGCACUAAUGAUGGCCCACAAAGAGGAAAGCUUUUACGAGAAUAUCCAAAAGCGAUCCGAGGAUCCAGAGCAUGUUCAAGAUCUGAGGGACGGAACUGUUGGAAGCAGAGAUAGUAUUUUCCCACAUACGCUGGAAGAACUUCCCAAAGAAUACAGUGUGCGCCUAUGCCAGGUCAUCUCGCGCUGUCUACGUUACAAACCGGAAAGACGCAUGUCGCUUGAGAAACUGCGAAGAGCCACCGACGACAACCUGUCCAGACUCGAUAGGAUGUAUGGCGACGAAAUACGAAAAGAUAAAGACGCGAUCGCCGAUGAGUUCAAACUCGAAUAUACCACAGAAGAUAGUGACGAGUGGGCACGAUAUGCUAUCGGCCAGGACUUUGUACCGCCACGAAAACGGCGAAAGACGGACAGCGCCGGUAAAUUUGAAGAGGGAUUGAGCAGACUGGUUACUAAUUGGGCUCCCGAGGCUGUACACCCGCGCCCUAGUACAGAAGUCCAAGAUGAUGUGCUGAACCUUGUCGACGACCUCAUCAGCAGCUCUAAAGAAGAAGCAAUUGAGACCUUCCGCCAGCGUGAAGCUUAUCUCACCGCCUGGAGAUAUCUUUGUUCGAGUAUACGCAAAUACACAUCAUCUCAACGCGACGUCUACGUGGCUGAUGAUAUCACUAUUGAGGUUUUACGAAGAUCGCUCGAACGCAACACGAAAAGGGAAGUACUUAUGCUGCUCCACGAGACGGUCCUGGAACUCGCCUUGGAAGCCGCAUCAGAGGAUCGAAAGAAUGGUCUUCAGACAUUGCAGCAUGCGGUCAUGUGGGGUCUGGUGCUGUGGGAUAUCAAUGCAGAGCCGGUGACGCCAAGAUUGAGUGACAAAACGGAGAUGCAUCGUGGCGUUGCCAGCUUCAUCCUUGAUCAACCUUCCGGCGUACCUAUGCAUGAAGAUGCUGACUCAGAUGUAAGUAUCAUAUAA